CCCCCCCAAAAAGAGGUUGCAUACUGUUGGGCGCAUUCCGCCCGUCCAGCGACCUCUGUUGGUGCAUCAGUAUGAGCUUUUGCAGCUGGUUGAAACUAUUUAAACGGAAAAAUGUCAACAAUGGUGACGGCGAAGCUGCAGCAGACGACGCCGAAUCGGUGGUCUCCAGAAACGGCGACCAGAAGGCGGUCAAGAGUGGCAAGAGGCGGACAUUCCUGGCGGUGGUGGCCGCAAAGAAAAGUGCGGCGAAAGCGAAAGUGAAAAGCUCCUCCGAGCAGGUUAAGGGGGAAGGUGAUGAGGAGGACGGUGAAGAGUGGAAACCGGAGCGACAGCUGGAAGAAGAUGGUGAUGAAGGCAAUCCCCGCAACAAAACGGCACUUAAACCGGGCCACUCGCUGAUGGAUUGGAUCCGGCUGGGCAACUCGGGCGCGGAUCUUGCCGGGACGGGUGGCCGGGUGCGGCCGGUGAGCCACGCCGAGCUGGCGGAACACAACAAGGUCGGCGACAUGUGGAUGGCCAUCCGGGGGAAGGUCUACAACGUGACGAGCUAUUUGGACUUUCAUCCGGGGGGUGUCGACGAGCUGAUGCGAGGUGCCGGGAAGGACGCCACUAGUCUGUUUGAUGAGGUCCACGCGUGGGUCAACUACGAAUCCUUGCUGGCCAAGUGUUUCGUAGGACCGCUAAGGAAUACCACCGUGCUCAACCUGGGUUCCCCGAAAGGUACGAUGCCACCUCCUGCGUUCCUCAAACCACCGACUCCGGUGACACCGCCAGCGGACACGCCCAAAACCGCCUCGGCCGUGUCCAUCGUGAGCAGUUCCAGUGAAGAUUCCGCUGCCAAGACUCUACCCGUAGUGCCUCGCUUCGACUGGAUCCAGAAGACGGCCGAAGUGUCGUUCAUCUUCUACACCAGAGCGCUCUGCAAUCCGGCCGUCAUCGUGGAGUGUGUCAACAACCUCGAGUUCAACGUGCGCUUCUUUCUCGAAGGUAACGUCCUGCACCGGUACCGAUUCCAGGCGUCCAACAACCUCCAAUGGCCCUGCACCGUACGACAAUCGCUCGAAACCGGUAAGGUCGAAAUCGUGUUCAACAAGCUACUUCCCGGCCUCUGGACCAACUACGGAACCAUGGAGUACGACCAGAAGGAAAACUACGAACUCGAACUGAACGAGUACGACGUGGCCACCCGCAUCGAAAUCACCCACGAUUCCUGCGUGCUCCUCCUCCGACCCAAAAACAACUCCAUCCUCCAGCUAACCCCCAUCGGCCACCACAUUUCCGUAUCGGCCCCCAUCGAGGGCGAGUUCGUCACGCGAAGUUACACCCCGGUACCGGCCAACGCCGUCCCAACAGACUGCCCGCUCACCUUUAUCCCGCUCCUCGUCAAAACCUACCCCCACGGCGCGCUCUCGCGCCACCUGACCCGUCCCGUCCCGUUGGCCACCUCGCUGCAGCUGUCCCAACCCAGCGGGAACUUUGCGCUGGCCAAGCUCAAGCACCACAACCGUAUUGCCUUACUAGCCGCCGGAAGCGGAAUCACGCCGAUGCUCGCCUUACUCAACUAUCUGCUCGAGCGGACCAGCAACCGGAUGGAGUCUAUUAGCUUGCUGUACUUCAACAAGACCGAGCCGGAUAUCUGGUGCCGGGAGAUGCUGGAUAAUUUAUGCGAAAAGGACAAAAGACUGUCGGUCAAGCACUUCCUAUCGGACGUGGACCCACCACCACCGAGCUCCCCGUCCCACCCGGAAGGACCACCGGAAUCGCGACCCACCACGGCAUCCAGCGCUGCAUCCAGCACAGUGACGACGACGCCGUUCGUCCACGAGCAGGGUCGGAUUUCGGAGGAAAUCACCCGCCGGUUGACCAACGUGGACUCGCCGCUGUAUGCGAGCUUUGUGUGUGUGUGCGGUCCGAAGCCGUUCAACGAGCUGUGCUGCCAGCAUUUGGAGCACGCUGGCCACAACAUGACCCAUCUGCACAGCUUCCAGGGUUAAGGGCGGAGGACGAGCGAGGACAUUGAUUGCUGCUAGCUGGCCGGCGCACAUGGUCUGUGAUGAUGAUGGAUCGAGAUACAAUCAUAAACACUCGGAAUAUAGAAAAAAAAAACCAAGAUUAUCCUGCUCUCAAACAACAACUAC